GUUGCUGCAUUAUUUAUUGAUUAAAAUAUUAACGUUCUCUAUCAUGAGUGUGCAGCUUCUGAUAAGUCCAAAUCCCAACGGAAUAAAAAUGAAGACUGCUGGUGAAAAAAAUUAACAUAGGCGGCUCAUUUGAGCAACCGAUGGGAAAAAGAACAUUUCAACCAUGGUAUACAAAACAUAGCACUAUGAGUUCACAGAGCUUAAAGAUCCUAUGCAGUGUCGAUGAUGGAAUUAUAUAGUUUUCAGGUAUUGUAGUCCUACCGAGCAAAUUACUCCUUAACAACCUCUUUUGCCCUACAAAUACUUCACUCCCCAAUCUCAUGACAUUGUUAUAUUUAUUUUUCUUCUCAAAUACGGAGUAUAUCAAAUACUAGCCCUGAUUGGUUAUUUGCAUGCAUAUUCCCAUUCACUUAUGAAGCUGCAGCUCAAAGGUCAAGAUAAUGCAAAGCCUCAUGUUGAUGGUAAUGACCCUGAUCUUUUAGCAGCAGGACAUGAAGGAGACUGGAAUAUUGAAUUGAAAUUCCAGCCUCCAAACAGCCCAGACCUAAAUGUACUUGAUCUUGGAUUCUUUAGAUCUAUUGACACAUUGCAAGACCAAGCUGCUCCUAGGUCUUUGGCAAACUUGGUUCUUGCUAUUACUACAGCUUUUGAAGAGCUCUCACAUGACACACUUAAUAGAGUAUUCUUGACACUUCAAGGUGUGAUGGGUGAGGUUCUUAAUAACAAAGGGGGGAACCAGUUCAAAAUCCCUCACAUGAACAAAACAAAGAUGGCCAGAGAAGGAACAUUACCACAGAAUUUAGGGGUCAGCUCAGAAGUGUAUCACACUGCACAAGUGUACUUACAGGGGCAUAUGUGAGUACCUUUUGAUAGGGUACUUUUUUUGUUAGUGCAACAUGGGAAAGGAAGAGUACCAUGCCUCUAUGUACUUCCUAUUGACUCCUUUUGCACAAGUUUUUGGAAGGCUAUUGACAAGUGGUGUAUCUGACUUAGUUGGAGUUCUACUUGAUAUUUUUUAGGUUUUUGUAAUGCAAGUGUAGUCUGUAUAAUUAUCAGUAUUGCAUUUGACUAUGUGUAGCAUGUGUUAUUAUCAGUAAAGGUAGUCUCUAAAU